GCCGUCUUCUUCACCUGGUCUCGGAGCCCCGAUCUCCUCCUUGCGGCUCGGGGGCAGUUCCGGAGCUGCAAGACAGGACCGGGCUUGUGGUCCUGACGGACAGCCUGGGAGGAGGCGGAGGAGCGCACGGCAAGCGGGUAGGUGAGCGGGCGCCCCGGUCGCCCCCUUCCUUCUUUCCGCCGGAGUUGAAUCUCUGCUGCCCGUGUCCAGGUGCUGGGCUUCCGGACGGACACGGACCCCCUAUUCCCGCCCGCGGCCGCCUUGUCAUGCUGCCCAAAGUGGAGACGGAAGCCCUGGGACUGGCUCGAUCGCAUGGGGAACAGGGACAGAUGCCGGAAAACAUGCAAGUGUCUCAGUUUAAAAUGGUGAAUUACUCCUAUGAUGAAGAUCUUGAAGAACUCUGUCCCGUGUGUGGAGAUAAAGUAUCUGGGUACCAUUAUGGGCUUCUCACCUGUGAAAGUUGCAAGGGAUUUUUUAAGCGAACAGUCCAAAAUAACAAAAGGUACACAUGCAUAGAAAACCAGAACUGCCAAAUUGACAAAACACAGAGAAAGCGUUGCCCUUACUGUCGAUUUCAAAAAUGUCUAAGCGUUGGAAUGAAGCUAGAAGCGGUAAGAGCUGACCGAAUGCGUGGAGGAAGGAAUAAGUUUGGGCCAAUGUACAAGAGAGACAGGGCCCUGAAGCAACAGAAAAAAGCCCUCAUCCGAGCCAAUGGACUUAAGCUGGAAGCCAUGUCUCAGGUGAUCCAAGCAAUGCCCUCUGAUCUGACCAUCUCCUCUGCAAUUCAGAACAUCCACUCUGCCUCCAAAGGCCUACCUCUGAACCAUGCUGCCUUGCCUCCUACAGACUAUGACAGAAGUCCCUUUGUAACAUCCCCCAUUAGCAUGACAAUGCCACCUCAUGGCAGCCUACAAGGUUACCAAACAUAUGGUCACUUUCCUAGCCGGGCGAUCAAGUCUGAGUACCCAGACCCCUAUACCAGCUCGCCUGAGUCCCUAAUGGGCUAUUCCUAUAUGGAUGGUUAUCAGACGAGCUCCCCGGCAAGCAUCCCACAUCUGAUACUGGAACUUUUGAAGUGUGAGCCAGAUGAGCCUCAAGUCCAGGCUAAAAUCAUGGCCUAUUUGCAGCAAGAGCAAGCUAACCGAAGCAAGCACGAAAAGCUGAGCACGUUUGGGCUUAUGUGCAAAAUGGCCGAUCAAACCCUCUUCUCCAUUGUUGAGUGGGCCAGGAGUAGUAUCUUCUUCAGAGAACUAAAGGUUGAUGACCAAAUGAAGCUGCUUCAGAACUGCUGGAGUGAGCUCUUAAUUCUUGACCACAUUUACCGGCAAGUGGUCCAUGGAAAGGAAGGAUCAAUCUUCCUGGUUACUGGGCAACAAGUGGACUAUUCCAUAAUAGCGUCACAGGCUGGGGCUACCCUCAACAACCUCAUGAGUCACGCGCAGGAGUUAGUGGCCAAGCUUCGUUCACUACAGUUUGAUCAACGAGAGUUUGUGUGUCUGAAAUUCUUGGUGCUCUUUAGUUUAGAUGUCAAAAACCUUGAGAACUUCCAGCUGGUCGAAGGCGUCCAGGAACAAGUUAAUGCCGCUCUGCUAGAUUACACAAUGUGCAACUACCCGCAGCAGACAGAGAAAUUUGGACAGCUACUUCUUCGGCUACCGGAAAUCCGGGCCAUCAGCAUGCAGGCGGAAGAGUAUCUCUACUACAAACACCUGAACGGAGAUGUGCCCUACAACAACCUCCUCAUUGAGAUGUUGCAUGCCAAAAGAGCAUAAGUUACAACUCCUAAGAGCUCUGUUUCCAUAAUAAAAAGAGAUUGGAGGGGGAAAAGGAAAGAAAGAAAGACUCUGAAUCGCUCCAAGCAACACUAAUGAAAAACUUGGUUGAAAGAUACUGAAUUUUAAAAGGUAUAAUCAUCAGAUACUUCAUAGCAAAUAAAUGAUGGAUCAGGGUAUUUGUAUCACAAACUGUGAAUCCAAUGUUUCACAUCCCCCAAGGAUUCCAUACGAAAGACAUUGUGAUGGAGGGAUUGAACUCACAGAUGGAUGACACCACCGUGUCAGAAUUAAAAAAGACCGAACGAUUCUUGUAUAUUUAAACUGCUCUCCACUAUGAAGAAACUUAGGAGCUGAUCUGUCUCUGUUAUUAAUUAGGCUUCUACAGUGGGGGAUUUGAACUCACAGAAUUCCUCCAGGCUAAAGCUGAACUGCAAACAGUUCUCAAGAAUGCAUCAGCUUCACCUCCGAUCUCCAUUCCCUCUUCAUUUAAGGACCUAGCACCUUCUGCCCCUGUGAUCACGGAGUCUGUUCUAAGGACCUAGCACCUUCUGCCCCUGUGAUCACGGAGUCUGUUCUAAGGGCCUGUGCUCAGCCACACCCAGUCCUAGCUCCACCAAAUCAUGAAGAGCCUAAUUUUGAAUGUCUGUGUCUUAGACCUGUAAACAGUUAAUAAAAGGAUGGUCUUAAUACAUUAGCUUGCCAUUUUAAAUAUGUUCUGAAGUCUGUUUUGUUCCAUGUUCAUAAUGUUAAAAAAAAAAAAAAAAAGCAGGCAGUAUCCCUCUUCUGAUCUUAUCUAAGCAUUAAUUAGGGAUGAUGACUACAAACUCAGAGCAAAUGCUCUAUAGCUGAAGCAAGUUAGACCUUAUGUACGCUACUGUUGCUGACAUGUGGCUUUGGGAUUGCUGGAUUUCAUUUAAAAAAAAUUCUGACCAAAAAGUCUUGUUAGGGCACAUCAGUUUUUUAACCAUCAAAGUUGGUGGUCCAUUGAAAAAGUAGAACACUAAGCACAUUUUUCCAGGGUGCCAAAUAGUCACAGUUUUAUAUAGUUCAAAACAGAAUUCCAGCAUGUUAACCUAUGCAAAAGGAGAAGAAAGGAUGAGCUGAUGAAUUGAUUGACCCAAGGCUCGUUCUUGUUGCAACUGAACAUCCCCUAAAUAUGCAAUAGAAAGGAUGAUAUUUCCCUAUAGCCUGGAAAGAUGUUACGGUAAUUCAAAUCUUCUCAAAAAGGGAGAGGAAGAGAGUGAUACUGACCUUUCUAAGUCAUAGACCAAAGUCUGCUGUCGAACAAAUAUUGGAGGACAAGAAAUUGCAAACCUCGCCAAAUGAUGAUGUCAGUAUUAUUAAUGUGUGAUGCCACAGGUAUGAAAGUCUUGCCUUAGUUCAUGAUUCUAGAAGGUAGUUGUGCAGAUGUGGAUCAAUAUUUGUUUGAAAUAAAGUAUUAAUAUGUUUAAAGUCAAAUAAAACAUAGUGUUUACAUUCUUUAGAUCCUGUGUGGGGGGGGGACAACUGUGAUGAUUACAAAAUAGCAAAAAGCAGUAAUUUCCUUAAUGUUAUUUUUCUGAUUGGUAAUUAUUUUUGGACAGUACUUAAUUAUUGUAUGUAUGUCGUGAGACACUAAAAUCAAAAACAGAAAUCUCAUUUAGACUUUAAUUUUUUGAGAUUACGGCCCGCACAAUCACUUGUAGAAACUGUAAAAAAGAAAAAAGGUAUCUCCUAGUCUCUUAAUUUUUUCAUAAAUGUUUCUGGCUUUUGAAUAGUUUAUUUAUAUUGUAUAUCAUAGUUUCAACUGUAGACAAUUAUGAUACUAAUUUAUUGUUCCUUGGUUUCAGCUUUGUAUGAGAUAUUGCCAAGACUGAAGAAACCAAAUAUAUGUGUUUACUGUAGCAUGUUUUCAAGUUAGUGGAACAUAAAAUAGUUCAGGGACAUGGAAGGAUCUUAAUGAAUUAAAAUCAUUCACUUGAUUAAAUGUCUGUAAAUCUUCAUUAUUCUUACUGUAGUUUAUUUAAUAUCUAUUGUAAAUUAUAUGACCUGUAGCUUCCUCUGUUUUCAAGUAAAUUUAACAAGGUGGAGUCUUACCUGGUUUUCUUUUCCAAACAUUGUAAGUUAUAUACCAAAGAUAUUAGUUAUUACUUCUGUGUGUACAAAGAGGAUUAUUUUAUUACUUUUAUUAACCAUUUCUAAUACGCGUCCACAUGAAGGGUACACUUUAGCUAAGCUGGGCGUCCACGGCCCCUCACACAGAGUCUCAGUCACCUGUGUGAGCUUCAUGGCUCUAAUGGCCAUGAAGACAUCAGAUCAGAGUGUCAUAUCCAAAGCAUUAAAUGGAAUGGCAGCAUCACUGCUUCCCCCAGUUAGAAACCAAAUUGGCUAGAAAGACACAUGGAGGGGAAUGGUGUUGCCAACAGUUCAUGAAAUGGUUCCAUCCUGUGUGUACAACAUGGGUGGAGACAAUUAUAAAAUUUGAAGGGUAGUUAUUUUGGAGAUUUUUAACAUUGCCAAAAAAUAUAUAUAUAUACAUUGAUUCUUAAAAUCCACGUUUUCUUAUUUUAAAUAUACAGUACUCCCCACUAAAGAUUAAACCUAAAAAACGUUGAGUAUCGGUAUGUUGUUAACUUUGUGAAUGACACCUUGGGAACAGUUAGAAAGACGCCAACACGAAGACUUACAUCCACACUGCUGGUGACACCAAGGACAGAAGCUGAUAAGCAAAAGCGUGCCACAGCCAGUGUCUGUGGUGCCCCCAAAGUUGGCAGACAAAUUUCUAUAAUUGUUAUGAGACAUUUAGUUAACAGUCACCUUAUCAAUCACAGGUCUUAUUAGCAAAAGCAGGCUGAAAUAUAAAAGUUUUGGGCUUAGUCUGGGUGAUCGUAGUUGGUCUGUGUUUGUAAACAGACAGUCGGCUGUGUCUGAAUCUUUGUACUACAGAUCUUCUGCAGCUACCUUGGAUUUGAGUCCACGCAACAUUUAGAGUGUGAAGUCGGUUAUUUGUUGACGUUUUCUUACUGUACCAGUGAAAUGCAUAUUGUCAUGUCAGUUCUUGCCAGGAAUUUCUCAACAAAAUGGAAUUUUUUUUUAUUUUUUCAGUAUUUCAAUAAAUGUUGAUAUGCCCAGCCUGACAAUUUUUUUAAAGUUUUUAUGCUGCCCUCGCUCUAUUGGAUACUAAAGCUUUUAAGAAUAGGGUCGCGAUGAGUUGGAAUCGACUGGACGGCACUGGGUUUUUGUGUUUUUUUUUUCACUCUAUUGGAUACUAAAGCUUUUAAGUAACUAAGGUAUUUGACUAUGAAUGAAGUCAAAAGAAUUCUACGAGAAUAGAAAGUGACUUUUCCCUCUAGACAUUUUCUAGAGUAGUCUGUUGUCUUUGGCUGGAUACUUGAAGCAUUAAACUUAACAUGUGCGUCAUAUCUACAUACAUAAACAAUUUUAUAUCAUUUACUAUUGUAACUGAU